GACAUUUCCUUAAAAAUUACACUUUACUGUGUGUUUAAUUUGUGUAGCGAAAUUACAUCGUGAAACCAAUCAGCUGAGCAUAAAAACAUUUCUAGUGGGAAAGUGUGCAAACGAAGUAAUACUUUCCAAAACCCAAACUCUCAGAGCUCGCAUCAAAGCUCAUUAGAACGCCCAUCAUAUUGAGUCAUUAAUUAAACACCAGUAAAUUUAACACUUGCUUUCAAGGUUGCAUCAAUAAAAGACCUAAAGUGCUUGGAAUACAAUGGUGAUAUUUUAAAAAUGGGCGACGAAAACGAUCGUGAUUGCGGGAGGAGCGGCCCGAAGAAUUGCUUGCUCAAAAUUGUGAUUUUGGGAGACGGUGGGGUAGGCAAAUCUUGUUUGAUGAGCCGUUUCAUUUCGAACCACUUCGAUGAUCACAGCUUCCAUACUAUUGGCGUGGAGUUCAUGAAUAAGACUAUAGAGGUGAAUGGGAGGCAGUAUACUUUACAAGUAUGGGACACAGCAGGCCAGGAGCGCUUCAAAUCCCUCCGAACCCCGUUCUACCGCGGCUCCGACAUCUGCAUACUUGCGUACUCCGUGGACGACCGGAGCUCGUUCCAAAGCGUCAAGAUAUGGCUAAAUGAGUUCUUACAUUACGCCGCAGUGAAGAACGGCGUCGAAAGGUUCCCCUUCAUGGUUGUAGGAAACAAGUCAGACGUGACGUCACGCGAGCGAGAGGUGACAUACGAUCAGCUGAAACAGCUGUGCGCAGAAAACAAGAUAGCAUCAUACAUAGAGACGUCGGCUAAGAACGAUAACAACGUCGUCGAAGCGUUCACUAUGGCUGUUCAAAGAUGGGUGGAGCUCGAGCAAGUCGCCGAAAAAGAAAUGGGCAUGCUAGAAAACCCCGACUCCAUCACGUUACAUGGCGACCGCGUCGCGUCCAACCUGCGAGCAACUUGCUGUUCUCGCUUCAGCGACGCUUGAACGUGAUUCAGUACAUUCCGCGCCCUACUGUAAAGGCUAUAAGCCCUUCAUAUUCCAAUGCGUCGUAAAGAUAGUCGCAACUUCAGCGAAGUUUAAAACUUUCUUACAAUUUAUAGUCGCCGAUAUAAUUGUCCUAUUUAAGGACUAUUCUGAACAGUUGAGGUUUACUUUUGUUUAGAUUUUAUAUCUUACUUUAACUCUAUUUUCAAUAAUAGACGUCAACAAACGAUUUUGACAGUGAAAGCCUUAAAUACGUCUUCUCUGUGAAGCUAUGAUUAUAUGUACAUUAAUAUAAACAUUACAUGGUAAUAUAGCUUAAAAAAGGGCUCAUUUCAUUACAUGGCGACCGCGGCGCGUCCAACCUGCAGCGUCUUGCGGCUCUCGCUUCAACGCAUGAAUUACCGAAAGUGACGGGUUCUUUUCGGCGGAGUUAAAAACUGUCGUACAAUGCUUUAAUUAUGGUCUUCAAUUUGGCCUAUGGAAGGACUAUACUAAAAGACGUCAAGACGUCUAAAUCCGUCUAAGGAAAAUUCCGUACACGAUCUUUUUUUACAACUGCCAGCUACUUAUCACUGGACGUUUUUGAACGCUGGAACUAAAAGCAAUCGAUUAUUCUCGAUCAAGUUGACAAUGGAUAGUGUGUUCUUUGGAUAAAGCGCUCGCGUACGGAAUACCCGCAGCCGAAUUUGCCGCGUCGAUUUUUUUUUUAAUUUGACUUAUAAUUUCCUUUGCAAUUCGUUUGCAAAUCUUGCUUUACUAUAACAUUUUAGUUCCAUGUUGACCAAAAAUAAAAAGACAAGAUAAAAACUUAGUGUAAGUUUUGGAGGAGGUGACACGUGAUUGAAUCACGGGUUUCGUCAAACGAAACUUUGGUAAAAUCAAUUGAAGGUGAGAUAAUUAGAGUAGGCCUAAUUGGUUUAAACCAUACCUUUGUUUUUGAUAUAAAUAAUUUACCCGACACAGGGUGACCACCAACUUGACUUUAAUCUCGUUUUAUAGCUACUAUAGCUGGUUUCUCCGACUAUAAGAUAUAGCAAUUUUUAAUAAAUAUUUGGUCGGGUUAUUCAGGACUACCGUGUAUAGAAAAAAAUAAGUGAAUUGCAAUUUUUAAAUAAAUAAAAUUUCGUUCAAGAUUGCAAGAGCAAGCAGUCGCGAACAAUAAAAGAGCUUUUGCAAAAAAACAUUGAAGGCCUGAUUUUCACAGAUCCUAGUGUUUUUGGGUUCUUUCAACUCAGAACCACUAGCAUAUUCAAUCCUGACGCAAAAAAAUGUCCCAAAAAUUUGUAUGAGUAUUGUAGUUUCCACUACGUCACGCACACAAGUGAAAAAUUCACACUAAAACGUGACGUAAUGGAACGGAGAUUUUGGGACAUCUUUUUUUGAAUGGUGGAUGGAGAAUGCGGUUGAUUCUGAGUAGAAUGAGGCCGAGAAUGUCCAGAUUUGUAAGAAUCAGGUUUUCAAUAUUUAUGUUAGAAAACGCCCAAAAUGUAUGAACUAAGCUCCAUCUUGUAAUUCCUUUUCACUCGGUAUUUAAGAUUGUUUUAAUAAGUAGGUUGUAGUUGCUUCAUAUAGGUUGUAUUGCUAAGAGUUUAUUUACUUAUUUAUUUGCACGCUUAAGUCAACAACAUUAAUAUAUACACACUUAUAUUACACCCAAGAGAAAUGAUUGUAAUAGAGAGAUAAUUCUAAGAAAAAAUCGUGCCUCAGUUUGACAUCCAAAACAGAUGGCGCUGUACUGCGCCAUAUGAUUUGCGGUCACUGAAUUGUCAAACGUAAACUAUUGACAAUCAGAGUUACCGCAAAUGUAUGGAGCUGUACAGUGGCAUCUCGUUUACUUGUCAAAUUCUAAGUACGAUAUUGUCUUAGAUUUUACACAUCUUACUCACUCAAUGAAUCUUUGAUUAUACGCCUACUGUUUGUGCACAUGAUUGAAUGAAAACAUAUUACAGUUUUUUGUAUAGAUGAUAUAUUUGAACGUAUAGAAACGGUUUUAUGGGUACAUAUUAAUGUUGUUGAUUAUACGAGUACCAGGCACAUGUACAUAACGUAGGAAUGCUUUUUUCACCGUAGAUCUCUAAUUUAUUAUUGUCCUUUACAAUACAACUGAUCCUGAUUUAAAAUAAUAUGUACUUACUUGUGAUUGUUUCUUAUCAUGUGUUUUUGUUUUGGAGCCCAAUUAUUUGCUUAUUCCAAGACCAGUCUAUUAUAGUCGCCAUCAGAUAUAUCGGAGCGGUCUUGAAGCAUCUUGAUGCUUACAAAUAUCUGAAUACGCCUCUAUUGUGAAGAUGUUAGAGUGCGUGUUCAGAGAUUUUGAGCACCUCAGCCGCUCCGAUAUAUCUGAUGGCGACUGUACAAUAAGAUAUUUCAGUUACUACAAAAAUAAAAUGUAUGAAACUUGAAAUGUAUGAUUUUGUCUAAUGGAUAAAGCAUUAUCUUAGGAUUUUACUGAUAUUUCUCAGAGUGUUAACUCUGUCUAUAUACAUACGUAAAUAUGACAUUGUUUCUUGAAAGUGCUGUAUAGGCACAUUAAGUAACAGGGAAAACGAAAUAUUACAUUAAAAUAUGUAAAUAUAUGUUUACAUGUCUGUAGUGAUUUAUUAUAUAAAUGUUUACUGUAUAUUAGCUUAUUCUUGAAAAUUAGGAAGUCAGGAACACAUGGCAAAUAAUAAAUAAUUUUGCUGUUUAAACGUCUUAAUUUUAAAAUAACCACUCGCGUGAUUCAUAUUUUUCAGUGACUUCUAUUAUUAUAAUAAAAUAAGGGUGACAGCUGGUAACCACAGUUACCAAAAGCAAGUGAGUGGCUAUAAUAAUUAUAAAGUCUACAAUUUGGUUAAUAUUGUUUCAACAAAAGCAUGUUACCUACUUAUUAUGAAGAUAUUGUACUUCCUACUGAAAAUGUAAACCCCAAUAUUUCGAAGACCAAUACUAUCGCGUAAAUGUAAUUUAAAUUAUAAGAUUCUUUGCAUAUCUAUUUGUACAGGGGGAAAUUGUUAUGUUUACACCAUACGCAGAGGGAAUAUGUGGGUCAUAUUGAACAAUUUUUACUAGAAAUCGUGAAAAAGAAUACAGUUGUUCCAUAGAAAAUAUUGAUUAUGUGAUUCACCAAAAUAUAUGAGACAAUAGAUUUUUUUUCGUGAUUUCGGGGUUGGCCCCAUAGUAAAAGUUGUUCAGUAUAACCUGGAUAUAUACCCUUGAGCGUAUGGUCAAACAUAACAAUUACCCCUUUAUAUCACGCUUUAUUCUAAAGAGGCGCACGCUGUAUAUCAUGGAUUAACAUAUCGUGGAGGAACAAAUUUAAUACUUAAGUUACUUGCGUCCAAGAUGGGCCGGUUCUUAAUAAGAGGAUAGUGGUCGACCGCUUUCCAUAUAAGCGUAUUUCCCAUUUUCCUUCCUGAGUGUUGACUUUAUGGAAAAAAUCGAUAUAAAUUAUUGUAUAUUAACUAUAGCUGUUUUAACGCCCAAGGUGGAAAUUAUUUGCUACCAUGUGACACAUGUAUGUUUCUAAAUAUUAUUUAAGCUAAAAAAAUUGUAUACAAAAAAAUAUGUCCUAGCAAGAAACGUGCUUGAUCCCUAGCAAGGAAGAAAAAUACCAAUUUGAUCCUAGCAGGGAAGAAAAAGCUUCUUUCCGAAUAGGUCAUGUGAAAAAAUAUUCUUAUAAUGUUAAUAUCCAGAGAGGAAAAUGAGGACUACGUUUUCAUUCGGGUACUCCACUAAAUAAAUUUUGGAAUAAUGCCUUUAUAUGGGCUUCUAGGACUCAGGAGGCUAUAGAUCUUGUCAUUCAAGAGGACUCGUAAUGUCAUGUUAUUAAAGGUUAGAUCUGACGAAACUGACGCGUCAUAGUGGAUGACACGAACUGGCUCGUUAUUGCUCUUGAGUGUAGAUACUUACUGUUAAUUUAUUACGAUUUUUUUUUUCUCAGUAACGAAAUAAAUAAUUAGUGAGGCUAUUAACCACUUGGACUAUUUGGAGCUAAGCUUAUAUUAUAUUUUACCUUGACAUAAAUUUACAACUAAAAAUAAAUGUUUUAUAUCCGUCAUACGCGACGAAUUUUUUUUAAAUUUUACGGUUUUUUUAAUGAACUUAUGACGUUAUUCAUAAACGCGUUACUGGCCUCAAUUAGCUAUGAAUUGUUUGCCUUUAUCUGUAAUUUUGACUUAUUUAUUUGUAAGAAAGGGAUAAAACAUUUAACUAAAUCAGGUUUGUAAAGUUUUAUAAAUAAGGGGGUUAUUGUGUAUUUCGGUUGUGAACGCGCAUAAAUUGCUGAUUUGAUUUUUCUCAUCAUUUCACUGCACCAAGAGAUUAGAUUAGUGUAGUGUCGAUUCAAGGGACACUUGUGAAUUUAUCUUUACUUAAAAUUAAGAAUUGUACCAAAAUGAACAUUCCAAUGUAGCUGUAAAAUUUCAUCAAACAUACAGGGAUCCAAGAAUCUGACCUUGCACUUUACACCUUGAAAAUAAAUGGGCCAUUCCCACUAGUAUACUUACUACCAAGUUUUUGAUGGACGACUGGUCUGGCCUAGUGGGUAGUGAACCCAUCGCCCGAACCCGGGACCAUCGAUUUGGGAAGUGGCCGGUCAAUUACGUCACGUUUUAGUGCGAAACACUUCUUCACUUUUAGUGCGUGACGUAGUGGAAACAACUUUUAAGACAUUUUUUAAGCAUCAGAAUUGAAUAGCUGGUGAUUAUGAGUUGGACGACCGCUCUGGCCUAGUGGGUAGUGAGCCUGCCUAUGAAGCCGAAGGUCCCGGGUCCGAAUCCCGGUAAGGGCAUGACAAAAAUAUUUCCCGGUAGUUACCACCGACUUACUUUGGUGGUGACUUAUUAUUAUUAACAACUUGGUGGUAACUAGUGGCUAAGAGAAUUUGAAGUAGAGGUGGAUUGUCAAAGAAAAUUUUGUAGCCACAGUAAAUUAACUGCUAUCUUUCGACACAUGAUUAAAACUUUUAGAACACCAUUUGACUUUGAUCCUUAUUCUUUCACUGAUAUGUGUGGUGAAUAUAUUAGAUGGCGCUACUUUUUGAUAUUUAACACAAAUCAGUGAAAGAAUAAGUGUAAGGCCUGAGUGGACGCUCGCUCGGCACGGCGUGCAGCGUGGCGUCGGGCUCACGAGUGCUGUGAGCAGCGUGCACUAAGGCCGCUCCUAAACGUUGGCAUUUGCAUAACAUAUUGCACGCCCGACUCGAGCGACACGCGAGACUCGAAGGAUCAAAGUCAAAUUGCGUUCUAAAAAUGUUAAUCAUGUGUCGAAAAUGGCAGUAAAUUUACUGUAGCUACAAAGUUUUCUUUGACAAUGCACCUCUAUAUCAAAUUCACUUUGCUAGUGGGAAUAACACAAAUAAAGUCGCAUUUAGAUACUUGUGAUGCCUUUGUGAAAUAACUAACGGUAACUGUAUUAAUAAAUGGUAUACAUGUGUCGAAGUCUAGGUCCCACAUAGUCGCUUACAAUAAGCACGGGAUUUGCUUGUAUCUUUAUACGAAUCACCUGUCAAAGCGUCCUUAUGGCAAGCGACAAAGUGGGACUUUUUGCUUGGAAACGACACAUAUAUGCAUUCGUAUUAGCCGUCCUAUUCUGGCGAUGUAUCUUAUAUAUGUAGAUAUACUAAUGUGUCGUCGGAAAAUUUCCAAUAUGGCGAAAAGCAUUCAAUAAUGUUGGAAACUUCUUUUUUUUAUAUGGGAAUCGAUAUUUAAGGGAAAAGAAAGGAAAGCCUGAAAUUUUCCUGAGAUUUAUAAAGUACUUUUCCAACUUUUCGGAAAUAUACCGAAACCUGUUCAUCUGUAUUCUCAUAUGACACUUGGGUACGCAUAUUUUUCAUUUUGUUAUCUUUGAUUACAAGAAAUUUAGUACUGUAAAAAAAAUUGGCGAUCUAAGUAAAAUAACCCAGGGAUACAUUAGAGGACAAAUGUUCCGCGACAUGUGUCGGCGACUUGAUUACGCUUGACAUAUCUAUACACCGUGUUUUUAUUGAAUUCCGUUAACUCCGGGGUAUGGGCAAGUACGUUUAAGGAAGCUAAACGGCAUAGUUACUUAAAAAAAUAUUUUUUUUAUAAUUGUUUAAUUUUUUUAAAUACAUUUGAUUCAACCAAACAAUUGUGACAUAUCAAUGUCAUUUUGAACAUCAACUGUCCGAGAUAGUACUCAACUUUGCUUGCAAAUGAAUAAACUCGUACUAAACACUAAUCAAUAUGUACGCAGGCCCGUAAAUCCUUAUAAGAAAAAAAAACUGAUUAUCUCCGAAAUGGAGUUGAUUAGAAUACCGGUGUCUUUGUGAAAGUUACUUAAUUUAAGCUCAGUAAUGCACCCUUGAAAUUAACGGAAAUAAACACUGUAGAAUAGUAUAGAAGAAAUUGUAUUUAAAUAACGCUUACACUUAAGCAUUACAUGAGACAUCGCGCGACUUUGUCGCCAGUGUGUUGCACAUGUGAGUCGCGCCCUGGGUACUAGACAUGUCGAGCGAAGAUCGGCAACGUCAUGCCACCGGACGUCGCUGGCGACACGUCGCGUCCUGUGUAUCCCUGGCUUAAUGUUUUUAUUGUGACUUCUUGGAAGUUGCUUAAAAUAUUUGUAAAGGUACUUAAUAAACCGUGUCUCAGUAUUUGUAAUGUAAUAGAUACUUAAUCAGACUGCGUGCGUUGCAAAGAUCAGAACAGUUUUCUAUGUAUAAAAAAUUUAAAAUAAACCAGAAUACAGACUCAAAGUGCAUUGGGACAACUACGUAAAUCGCUAAAAUCCACUAAACCAGAAGCACUUUAUUUCAUACUUUUGCAAUACUUAGUGUAAGGCCUGAGUGGACGCUCGAGUUGGGCGUGCGGCGUGCAUGUUGAACAAAUGCAACCGUAUAGGAGCGGUCUUAGUGCACGCUGGUCACACCACUCGUGAGCCCGACGCCACGCUGCACGCCGUGCCGAGCGAGCGUCCACUCAGGCCUUACACUUAUGCUAUUGCAACGCUUACCCUUACUUCAGUAAAAUUUGCUUCAAUAUAAUCAAUGUCUAUGGAAGAUUAUCUACAAUCUGUUAUCCAAGUCAAUAAAUGCAAUGGUAAUGCUAA